AAGUCCCUCCUGCAGUGUCCACAGCAAUGUUCUCUGGCGGAUGCCGGCAUCUGUCUUCUGGGUUCUGUCCCCUGCGGCUUUGGGACGUACGGGGGAUGGAAAUGGCAGGAAAUUUGAAAAGUACAAAAAUAAAACAUUACUGUAUCAAACCAUUUCACAUAAAUUUUGUCCCUAGUGCUUUGUCCUGUGCCCUGCCUGCAUUUUUACUGUUCUUUCUGCCUGGAAACUGAGAAACGUCCAUGGCGUCCAAAAAGCAUCCCUUUAGGUCCAAAGCAGUUUUAGACCAGCUAGAGAAGAGCGAUAGUAAAUUAGAACUACUUGCAGAAUUGA